GCAGGGCAGUGUGUGCGCUGCACGAAAAUGCACUCGGAUGCCGCCGCUGUCAGUGAGUAGCGGCGGGGCCGGGCCGCGCACUCCCGCCCGCCCAGCGGCGGCACCCGGCGCCACCGGCUUGGUAUUUCCGCCGGCGAGCUCUGCUGCCUGGAUUUUCAACUGAAUUCUCACCUAUCAACACUGGCAAAUAUUCACAAGAUUUACCACACCCUCAAUAGGCUGAAUCUGACAGAGGACGUUGGUCAAGACGAUCACCAGACAGGAAGUCUCCGGUCUUGCAGUUCAUCAGACUGCUUUAGUAAAGUGAUGCCUCCAAGGAAAAAGAGGAGACCUGCAGCAGGAGAUGAUUUAUCUGCUAAGAAAAGUAGACAUGAUGGUAUGUAUAGAAAAUAUGAUUCGACUAGAAUAAAAGCAGAAGAAAUCUUUUCAAGUAAGAGGUGCUUAGAAUGGUUCUAUGAAUAUGCAGGCACUGAUGAUGUUGUAGGGCCAGAAGGUAUGGAGAAAUUUUGUGAAGACAUUGGAGUUGAACCAGAAAAUGUAGUUAUGCUUGUAUUAGCAUGGAAGUUGGAUGCACAAAACAUGGGGUAUUUUACAUUACAAGAAUGGUUAAAAGGAAUGACAUCACUAGAAUGUGAUACUACAGAAAAAUUGAGAAAUUCUCUGGAUUACUUGAGAUCUUUAUUAAAUGAGCCUACCAAUUUUAAACUUAUAUAUAGAUAUGCAUUUGACUUUGCACGGGAAAAGGACCAGCGCAGCCUAGAUAUCAAUACUGCCAAGUGUAUGUUGGGCCUUCUUCUAGGAAAAACAUGGUCCCUUUUUCCAGUAUUUCACCAGUUUUUAGAGCAAUCAAAAUACAAAGUUAUCAAUAAGGACCAGUGGUGUAAUGUUCUUGAAUUCAGCAGAACAAUUAACCUUGACCUCAGUAACUAUGAUGAAGAUGGAGCCUGGCCAGUGUUGUUGGAUGAGUUUGUGGAAUGGUAUAAAGGAAAACAGAUGACAUAGGAGUUUAACUAUGCACAGCCACUCAAGAGUCACUGUUACCACAGUUAUGUCAACCAUUAGCCAUAAACUGCUAUUUGUAUCAAAGUGCAUGCUGCUUUUCUUGCACAGCAAUCCCUUUUGUGGGGAACUUUUGAUGUUUGCUAUUUAACAAGCUAGCUCUGCUUGCUGUGUAGCAUUGUUCUCUUUGAAGGCUGCUUUGCAUUCUGUAUUUACAUUACGAAUUGGUGAACUUGCCAGCAUCUUCACUGUGAUUAUGUGUAUAUUGCUAUCUAAAUUUUGUAUAUGUGUAUAAAAGAAAAGCUUCACCUAGGGAUCAUUUCUGCAGAAAUGUAUUGUAAAAAUAAUUCUGUGGCAUAAUUCUAGUAAUCACUUACAUAUUUGAAACUUCAGUUACCUUGUUUUUCUUUUCGUCUCAAAUGUAGCAUUUCAGAAAAUGAAAUGAACAGACUGCUUGGACAUAGUUAUCUGAGGAACUAUUGUCAGUGUUAAUGUUACUAUCUGAGAUGCCAAUUUCUGAGGGGAGAAGACAUGCUGUGACUUUCUUCAUCAGAAUUUGCCAAACCUGCCCUAUUGCUUAAUAGGAAUGAAACUUUGGUGUCUUAAAAAAUAAUAUAUACAUAUAAAUAUUAAACCACUGUAAUAGUUGUACACACCACAAAUGAUUUCCAUUUGAAGAAAAAAAAAGUAGUGACUUUUUAAUGUUAAAUCUGCAAUAGUCAUUACAGGUACAAAUGAACAAAUUAAAGUACCUUUUAAAAAUGGGUUUUAGACUUCUGUAAAUUGCCUUUGGCAGACUUCUUUUAAUUUUGGUGUAUCAAGAGUGUUUGGUCUGUGUUGCGAUACAGCUAAAAGUAGUCAUUUGGGAAACAAAGUCUGCUUACCCCUAGCACAUAGAUAAUACAGAUUUUGGGUUCUUUUUGUUUAUAACUUUAGGCUUGCCCAGGUUCUCUAAGUAAUUUCUAAGUAAUUACUAAUUUCUAAGUAAUUAAAAAUAGACUAUUGAAUAGUCCAGAUAUUACCUUUUCUUCCAUACUGGGGAUUGGAAUUCCCUAGCAGAAUGCCCGUUGCUGGCGAUGGGCAUGUUAAACACCAGCAUUAAAUGACAGCACGUUUUAGUAGGGACCACUGCUUGUUUCACUCUUUCCUUUAUCUGUGUAGGACAGUUCUAGUGAUUUUUUUUUUUUGAUUUUUUUUUUUAUUUUUUGGGGGGGCGGAGGAGAGGAAAUGAAUGGAAUGAUGUUUAAGUUCUGUAACUUUAUCAUGUUAUCUUUGCCUUGCCUUUCUUUAUUAGGUAAUGUUACUCUUGAUUUUUAUAAGAAGGUCCUUGAAGUAUGAGGUGCUAUUAAACUUUGAUCCCUAAAGACUUCUUAAAAUGUUCCGUAUGGAUUCAUGGAGCAUUUAACAAAAAAGGACCAGUGGAUGUUUUGGAACACAGAAAAACAUUACUUUUCUGUAGAAAUAUUUUACAAUGUAUUAGCAGUUUUUAAAUCUCUAUAGAGUGCAGUCCAGGGGAAGGGGGGAAGUGUUUCAGGUGUAAUGGUAAAUUUUCAACUGUAUUGAAGAUCCUAUUCUGCUAUCACUGAAGUUAGGAACAACUGUCAUUAUCUUGACUGCUUUCAGGAUUAAACCUAGCAUAGCAAAAGCACAUCAGUUUACUGCCCUGGACCUGGAGGUUGUGAAUGUGUACAGGUGGUCAGUUCUGUUAAAAGGUGUUUCUUGCUGUUUGGUUGGUUGGGUUUUUUGUUUUUUUGUUGUUGUUUUUUUUCCCAAACUCAACUGCCAAAGACAAAGAUUGUUUGUGUAUAUUUGUAUAUACAUAAAUAUACAGUAUGUAUGCAAAUACAAAACCCAGAAUUUCAUGAUGCUAAGAAGAAAAUGCCUUUCCCUGGGAAAUAGUCUGAAUAUUCAGAUUACCAUGACACUAAAUAGUGCUCUUUAAAGUUAAUCGUGGUAGAACAUACAAAGUCAUUUGCUUCUCAUGUACUUAUAUGCAUAACCUUAAUUCUGUGUUUGAUGCCAGUUUGCACAAGAAAUUAAUUCAGUGGAGUGUGGUUAUUUAGUUUUUACAAUAAGCCUCUUUAAAACACGUUUUAAUAAGCGUUCUGAUGUAAAUGUGUACAGAUACAGUAGUAAAACUGUAAGGAAAUAGCAGUGGAGCUGCUGGUUUAGUUCUUAAAAGAAUGAACUUAGAAGCAAUAUAACUUUUAACACUAGACUAAAUUGUGAUUUCUAAGAUUUUAAGUGAAAUAACUGUAAUUGUUCCUAAAUAUUAAGCUUGUUACUGACUCUAGAAAAUGUUUCAGAACAGAUUGGCAUGAAUUUUGCAACAAAUACAGCAUUUGCAUAAAAAGGGUUUGUAUGUCACAAGUAAUUUGGCUUCCAAUAAUGGAAGCAAGAGCCAAAGACACUUUAAAUCUGUUACUGUUAAGGUAUAACUUCCAUAUAACUGGGUCAACAGAAAUCUGUUCAGCUUAACCAGGUGCUCUUUUUCCAAUUUUUGCUGAUGUUUAGCAAAACAAAGUUUAGUUAAAGCGAAGAAAACAGGAAAAGAAACAUCAGAAAGAACUCGUAAGUAAAAAAUGUCAAUAUAUUUUUGGGGGUAAAAGAUUUUGGAAGUGAUGGAAAAGAAGAAUGUUUUUGGAAAUGAAUCAGAUGCUGGACAUUUUUUUUCCCACAUUUGCUAAAAGAAUGAAUCUGUGGUUGUCAGCAGAUGUAUAAACAUACACCUUCAUGAAAUAAACCACAAAUUGACUUACAGCUAGUAGACAACUUUACCGACAUUUUUCGAGAACAAAUAGACUAAAAUGGACCUCUAUACCUUGGUAAGCUCCCCUGUGUUAUAUUUUCUUCUGUUCUUGCUAUAUAUGCUAUUGAGCAGAGGAUCCUAACAUUGCCAGCUCUUGCAUUUUGGAAAAAUUCUCUCUCAUUUUUAAGUAACUGUGGAAACCUAGCUAAGCUACUCAUUUCACCUUGUAUUUAAAUUGGUACUUGCUUUUUUGUUUCUUUGUGUGUUUGUUGGGGUUUUUUUUGUUACGUUGCCAUAGAGUUGAUGCAGUGGGUUUUGGUUUUCUUUUGUUUUUUUACUUUUCAAAAAGUAAUAUAUAAAAUAUAUUCAAUUUUUGGACAAGACACUGAGAAGUUAUUCUGGCUGAAGUGUCAUGAAGUGUCAUCACUGUUAUCUUCCUGAUACGCUAUUCCUAUCCUUACAGCAGAAGCCUGAUGAUCUUUGUGCAAUUCAUGCUUGCUAUUUGUGAGAUGUGAGGUGGAAAUCCAGUUAGUGAAAAGAAAACAGCAUCCAGAGACUAUAGCAGUAGACACUUGAUAGAUGACAAGCAUUUGGAGCUCUUUCUACUCAGUGAGCUUUAAAGGUCUUUUCCAACAUAAAUGAUUCUAUGAAUAUUAGUAACUGAAACAUUGCACAAAUCUAUGGCAAAAUAGUAUUAUUUAAAAUAUUAAUAUAAUUCCAUCUUACUGCUGUUUUUUCACUUACGUUUUUUAAGGAAAGCAGUCUGAAGAGCUUAGAAUUGAUUGGAAUUAAUUCCAAUUGAUCAGUUCAAUGAAAUACUUGAGUUGUCACUUAAAACCUGUUUAAGGUUAUCUUUAAGCUGCAAUAAAUGCUUAAGUUAAUUUUGUGUAGCCUUCUAACAUUUGUAGAGGACUGGAGGAUUCUCCCAUUUUACCCCAGCUAAAUGCUUUUUAUUUCAUCACAAAUUCGCUCGCACAAUCAAAAUGAGUUACACUGCAUUGCUGUUGAUGGUUGACGUUCCCAAUUUACUUACGGACAGCAAAUGGACUUCAGUUGUGUUAAGGUUUUCUAGAUCUCUGUUGACCCUUGGUUGCAAGUCUAAAAAAUUAUUCAGUACUCUUGGAAUUGGUGUAGACAGCUUUAAAGGUUAGCUUGUGCCCUGGUUUUAGUUAAAACUGAUAAAAUACCUCUUUCUAGGCCUUAUAUUUUGCCCUUUCAUGUUGUUGUAAAAGUGUAUAGAAUCAAUUGCAACUGAAUAGCUUGUUGUCUGUGACUGAGACCAAAACUCAGCUUAAUAUUUUUUAUUUUUUAAUCUUUUUCUCCCCUCUGUGUGUGUGUGUAGGUGUGUAUGUGUGUUGUCACAAAAUCGUACCUGCCAACACUGCUGUUGCAGGGACAGCAGUUUAUCUGUAACUGUGAAUACUUUCUGUCUUCAGAUAUUACAUAAAUAAGGUGUGCUUAAAUCCUGUGACUCAUGACCUAAUGAAAAUACUGUUAUGCCACCUAACAUGAGUUCAUCUAGUUGAUUUUUAGGCCUUUUCCUGGUGUCGAUGUAAAAUAGCAUCCUGCAAAUAAACAGUAUUUGUGCUGGUUUCAGCAACUGA